GGACAAGCCUACAUGUGUGGCACCAUUGGAAAGGAGACAACAGCAUCAAGUGCCCCGAUGUCCAGUGCCAAGUUAUCACUCCCUCACCGGGGCCGGGAAGAAGCCACCUCCACACUCUACCCACGUGCAGACCUUCGAUAGCAGGAGCUGCUGCUGCUGCUGCCGGCCGAAAUGAUUCUGGGCAGCAAGAUUUGGUGGAAGGUGAGCAAACCACGUGUGAUUGUUGUACAGAAGACACCGUAGCUAGUAGCGUGUGCUUAGACUGUUCGCAAGACCUGUGUGAGGACCAUGCUGCUUCCCACAUCAAGAAGAGAAAGUAUGCAACUCAUCGUGUUGUGCUUGCGAGCAGGAGAGAUGAAAGCGGUGAAGUCGUUUCAGCACCAGCAGCUACAGCAGGUUCUGGCAGUGUACCUGGUGUACGGAGCAGCCACUGUCCAGUGCACCUGACCCAACACGUCACACACUACUGCCGGCAAUGUGACGAUGUAGCCUGCAGUUUGUGCUUGAAGUUGUCUGCACACACUGAACACAGCGAAGUGCUCACCUCAAUGCAACAAGCAGGCAAGGAGAGCAGAGAGAAGAUGCAGAAGCAGUGCAGUGAAUCCAUCCAUGGAAACUGCCGUGCAAUCGUCACAAAGAACCUGGAAGCACUGGAAGCCACAGCAAAUGGCAUCAAAGAUCAAGCAGCUGAACUUUCAAAACAAAUAACUGACGAAAUCGCAAGGAAAAUCGAGCUGCUCAAGCAACAGGAGGCCAACCUGCUCGAGGAUGUCGAUCGACUCCAAUGGCAGAAGUGUCUUCCCAUCGAAAAGCACAGAUCUGCUCUGUCUGAAUACUUGAUGAUACUAGAUCGGCUUCAGUUGAUUGCUGUCAGUUGUGAUGGAGAUUACGAUGCAGUCCGUGUUGCACCAUGGGUGAUGCGCAAGACUGCAGAAAUCGAAUCGACUGCUACUGAAGUUGUCACGAAUGCGAGUAAUAGGUGUGAGCUUAUGUGCAUCAACCUCACAGACCACGUGACUGAUGAGGAAAUAAGUAAGAUUGGAUCUGUGUUUGAUGCUGGUGGAGUAGACCUACAUGCAUCCAAGGUUUACAGUCCAGAAGCUGUUAGUGCUGGGCUACAAUUCCCAGUAUCAGUGAUACUUGUCGACAGGAGCAAGGGAGACAUUGCUGCAGAUUCAUCGUCACUCUACCAGAGGGUAUCCAUCGACCUUGCUGGGCCGGAGGACCUAGAUGCCGCUGCUGCGCCUAUCUCUGCCUGUGGUCAAUCUGUACCUGCCUCAGCAGCCAUAUCAGCUGAGCCAACUGGUCCAGGUGUGUGGCAGUGCCAAGUGGAAACACCAGGAGUGUACUCUGUCAGCGCAAAGUUUGAUGAGUUCGGUCUAGAUCAGAGAAAACCUCUAUCAGUUCAUCCUGCCAUUCGAUUCGAUCAACAGAAAUGCGAACCCAGUCUACAGCUCACUGCCAACCACACGGUGCUCACAUGUCCAAAGGAAACCAAAACGCAAAGGAGCGCAUACUCUACCCUGCUGCAGUCAGGAGUUUUCCAGGCACGACUCGCGUUUAAGAGUGAACGAGCAGGGUUCCACACGGGUGUGUUUCCGCUAUGUGGCAUCAUUGCAAACAGUGACACUGAUCAACUGGUGGGGAAGGUUAAAAGUCUCCAUGGAGUAGGCUCCAAUGGAAAUCUCUACGGCUCUGCGGCCAAUGCCAAGGCCAGGAAUUGGAAAAACGAAGUGGAAUUCAACAUGGUAAUUGAUUGCGAUGCGCGUGUGUUCACAAUGCAGUGCAAACAAGCUGGAGAAUCGUGGCAACAUCGAUGGACGGGAAUACCGGACAAGGUGAGAAUCCAAGCUGGCCUGUACUAUGCCAAUACAUCAUUCACUCUACUCCCAGCUUGAAUGCGAGUAUAGACUGAGCGGACUCUUUCUGAUUGUGUCAACAUAUUGCUACGUGUAGUGAAGAUCUGAAGGUCAGAUUCCUCAACUUCACGCAAGGAACGUAAUGUCAACAUUGCGGGUUCCCACCUUCACCCAGCACACAUAUGCGUGCUUUUACACAAACCACAACUGUGUGCUUUUAAAUACGUGCUGUUAAAUUAUUUUACUGUGUUUUGAAGCCAUGCUGUGAUACAUGUAUGUAGCAGAUUGCAUUUACGUUAUGAAAUGAACUGUAAUCCUGUGUUCUUCUAGUGCAGUAUUGUUCAGUCUGGAUAUACAGGUUUAUAGGACGCAUUACGACACGGCUUAAAGUACUUUUGUUCUAUUCACCAAUUAAGUUUUCUAUUUUUUUUUCUUUUGAAAAUGACAGAAAGCAUCAACUGUACAUGUGUGUUGAGUUCUACAAUGCAGAAUUGCAGAUUCUUGAGCUUUCUGCAUUGAUUUUUAAGUACUGCACAUUGUGUUUUUGCAACAUGACGUUCUUCACCUCUACCCCCCCCCCCUGCUGUCGCCUUCUCAACCUUCUAUCAUACACUGAGCAAGUCUUAGCCUUUCGAUGUGCUAUUUCUGGAGUGUUAAUUUGCGUCCCCCGAGUAUCAAUGAGACUACAUCAGUGUAUCACACUAGGGCUAUUUCGGACUGGACCAUCGUGGAAGAACGAAGUGGAAUUCACCAUGAUAAUCGAUUGCGAUGCGCGCGUCUUCACAAUUCAGUGCAAACAAGCUGGAGAAUCGUGGGAACUUCGAUGGACGGGCAUACCGGAGAAGGUCAGAAUCCAAGCUGGCCUGUACUAUGCCAACACAUCAUUCACUCUACUCCCAGCUUGAAUGCGAGUAUAGACUAAGCGGACUCUUUCUGAUUGUGUCAGCCUAAUGCUACGUGUGGUGAAGAUGUGAAGGUCAGAUUCCUCAACUUCACGUACGGAACGUAAUGUCAACAUUGCGGGUUCCCACCUUCACCCAGCACACAUAUGCAUGCUUUUACACAAACCACAAAUGUGUGCUUUUAAAUACGUGCUGAAUUAUUUUACUGUGUUUUGAAGGCACGCAAGUAUUUUGCCUGUGAUACAUGUAUGUAGCAGAUUGCAUUUACCGUUCUGAAAUGAACUGUAAUCCUGUGUUCUUCUAGUGCAGUAUUGUUCAGUCUGGAUAUACAAGUUUAUAGGACGCAUUAUGACACGACUCAAAGUACUUUUUUCUGUUCACCAAUUAAUUUUCUGUUUUUUCUUCUUUUGAAAAUGACAAAAAGCAUCUACAUGUGUGUUGAGUUCUACAAUGCAGAAUUGCAGAUUCUUGAGCUUUCUGCAUUGAUUUUUAAGUACUGCACAUUGUGUUUUAGCAACAUGACAUUCUUCACCUCUAACCCCCCGCUGCCGCCUUCUCAACCUUAUUGUUAUCAUUAUUUCUCAUGGUGGCCGUUGGCCAAUAAGAGAGAUGCAAUUAAUAAUGGUGAUUAUAUGAGACUAUGAGGUAACAUCAGUUGAAAAUAAU